AUGGUUGGUCCGUGGUCCGCCGACCCAACUGCCUCCCGGAGCAAGAAGGCACUGCUUCGCCUGGCGUCGAUUGAGCCAAUCGAGCUUUGUAACGAGGCGAAAGUCGAGAGGUGUCGGGCGACUAGGGAUUUGAGGAGCUGCGGGAGGCGUGUUCAGAGGGUUUUGGUAUUCUGUGGACAUGCUGCCUUGUGCGAUGAGUGUAGUCAGAGGUGUGAUGUUUGCCCCAUAUGCCGAAUGCACUUGUCCAAGGGCGGUGAUAGUCUCCCGUUUCGUCUUUACUACGAGUGUGUUGAGGCCGGCCUUAUUUCCUGGAAACAUGAUGACCGAUUGAGGGAUGGAGAAGAAGGAGAUGGAGAGCAUGUUGAACGGCUUCAUUCUCUGUUUGAUGUUUGCUUGGAGAACAACCUGGUGUCCCUAAUCUGCCAAUAUUCAGAUUGUGCAUGUGUGUGUAUGGACGAAACUUUUGUAUCAAGUGAUCCAGUUACUGCUUUUUUGCUGGAUGAGAAGGUUGUCGAGGAUUGGUGCAGGCGGGCGUUCAAAAAUAUCUUGACAGAACUCCGGAAUACAUAUAGUCUUAGUGUAGCUGAGAUGAAACCAAGAUUAACAUCGCUUCAGAAAAUGUCUUCGAAUUUGUCAGCCAUGGGCAAUGUUAUUGAAGUGUUGGAAUCUUCAGUUGAAGGCUCUGCUUCAACCGUGCUGCAGGGCCUGAAUCACCUUCAGGAGAGCAUAUCAAGGACGAAACAACACUUGCAGAUCAUGAUGUGGUGCAUCAAACAUCAAUUUCUGGAUAGUGUGAGGUCUAGGCAUUCUGAUUUCGAGUCAUGGCGUUCAUCUGUCCGUGAGAGGAAAUCUGAAGCAAUUAAGAGAGCAUGGCCUGAUACAGAGAAUCCUAUUCUGGAGUCAAGUGAGCAGAGUACAUCUAGUCUCUUUAUUGAAGAUGCACUUUCAAAUCUUGAUGCAGAUCAAGAAUAUGCUGAUAAUGAUAAGGGGGAACUAUCGAUUGAAUCACUUGUGAAAUCUGGGGUCAACUCUUUUUCUCUUUCAAAGUUACAUGGAAUGGCAGCUUGCUACCCUUUCGAAAAUGUGUGUGCUGCUGUUGACUUGCUUUUCUUACGAGGGAACUCUGAUUUGGUGGUUUCCAAGCAGGCUAUUUUUCUGUAUUAUCUUUUUGAUCGGCACUGGACAAUACCGAUUGAUGAGUGGAGACCGAUUGUUGAUGACUUUGCUGUCACAUUUAAUAUAACAAGGCACUCUUUGCUGGAAUCUUUUGUCUUCUAUCUUUUGGAUGACCACACUGAUGAAGCUCUAAAGGAAGCUUCGCACCUUCUUCCUGAAAUUGCUUCCCCAAACACCCAUCCUAAGGUCGCGCAAGCACUCUUAGAGAGGCAGAAUCCCGAUGCAGCUCUUAUGGUUUUGAGGUGUUCAGGAAAAGAUGGGGGAGCAACAUUAGUUUCACCUAGGGAAGCUGUUACAGCUGUCCGGGUUCGGGUGGAGUGUGGACUUCUGACUGAAGCAUUUAUGUACCAGAGAAUGAUAUGCACAAAGAUCAAGGAUAAGAAACUUUCGGGUGCUUAUGAUGAUGUGACCUGCAAUUGGCUGCUCUGGCUGGAGGUCUUGGUUACUGAUUUUGUUUGCCUUUGUAUCCGGAGGAACUUAGUUGAUCGGAUGAUAGAGUUGCCUUGGAAUUCUGAUGAGGAAAAACAUCUUCAUAAGUGUUUGUUUGAAUUCGGGAUGGACGAUCCUUCGUCAGCUGUUGGAAGUCUUCUUGUGGUCUACUAUCUACAGCGCUAUCGCUACAUUGAAGCUUACCAAGUGGAUUGUAAGCUUCAGGCAGUGGAGGAAGAUUUCAUGUCAAAGAAUAUGAAUGAUGAAAUAUCUAUUAAAGUGAGAUCGAUGAGUCAAUGGAGGAAGGGAUUAGUUAGCCAAAGUGUGGAGUUAUUGCCCGAAAUCCUCCAACUAAAACUGAAGGCUGGAAACUUGCCAGAAGUCGGUGUUCUUCGUGAUUCUGAGAAUCCUGAAGUGCAAUCUAAUAUUCCGAAAAUACAAGAACCCGUCUUCGGGAGUUUGCUGUUUAACGCUCCAAACCUGCAAUUGCAAAGUAAUGGCUUCUUACAUCCCCCGUCUUAA